AUGAAGCAUGACUUGAAACAACGGUUUCCCGGUAGAGAAAAGCAAAUUGAUCAACUUUCUUAUGUGAGCUAUGGUUCUCAACAGAAUGAUUACUCACCUCAGAGUAUCUUUAUCUAUGGACCUCCAUCGACAGGCAAAACAACGCUUGUCACUGAAUUCUUUGCACCUUUUGCACUCUAUGUAAACUGCAUUGAAUGUUUUACACCUCGUCUUUUAUUCGAACGUGCGUUUGAUGCCCUUGAAAAACACCAACCUUCUCAUUUGAAUCAGUACAGUUCUCUAAGAAAGAUCGACACAGCACAACAAUUGGUCAGAGCAUUCAAAGAGACUUUAUGUCCAUCUCAACCCACUUACUAUCUUGUCCUUGAUCACGCUGAACGUAUUCGAGAUAUGCCAGGCCAUAUUUUACCUGUUCUUUUACGACUCUCUGAACUCACAGAACGUAAUAUCUGUGUGGUUAUGAUAUCCAACAUUGUGUUUGAAAAGUUCCGGAUCAAAGGUGGUUCCAUGGACCCUUAUCUGAUCCGAUUUCCUGAAUACACGCGUGAAGACACGCUUCGGAUCCUCCAGCUCGAUUAUCAAGUGACAGAUGACCUUGAUCUUGAUUUCUACACAGGGUUUCUUCAAGUGAUUUAUGCCAUGUUCCAAAUCAACUGUAAAGACAUCAACGAAUUACGCUACCUUGCUUCUUUACUGUACCCUAUCUACAUCAAACCCAUUCAAGAAGGUCGAUUGGACAAGAAAGAAAAAGCCAGAUUGUUGCAUGAAGCCAAGCCUUAUUUCGCAAAUGCGACCGAGAAGCUUUAUCUCAGAGAAAUCUCGAGUGCAGAAUGGACACAAGACAUGCAGGCCAAUGGUCAGUCAACACCCGACAUCGAAUUACCGUUCUAUACCAAAUUUCUGUUGAUUGCAGCCUAUUUAGCCUCUUAUAAUCCACCUCGGUUUGAUGUACGGUAUUUUGCCAAGACAGCAGAAGAACGCAAAAAGAAAAAAGGAGGUGGGACACGUAAAGGUCGAGUGGAUCGAUUAGGUGGUAAAAUGCGUCAACAGUUGUUAGGUCCAAAAGCGUUUCCUGUUGAACGUAUGUUGGCUAUUUUCUAUAGUAUUCUAGAAGACAGUCUGGAAGACACAGUCGAUAUUCAGUUACAAAUCACCAGUUUGACUACACUGAGAUUAUUAGUGAGGACAACCCAGAUGGAACGAUUGGAUACAGCCAAAUACAAGUGUAAUGUCAAUUUCGAAUUUAUUCGAUCGAUAGCCAAAAGUGUUCGGUUUGAAAUUGAACAUUAUCUCUAUGAUUUUAAUUAA